AUGGUGGCAGCUAUGCAAGCGCUGCUCGAGCCGACAGUGCUCUCGCUCGGGCUGCCAACGGCGCCGGCGAUCAAGAAGGAGGACUACCUCGCCAUCUGCCUCGCCGCGCUCGCCGGCACGCGGGCGGGGAAGGCCUUGGUGCCGGUGGGCGUCCGCGACCACCCCCAGCAGGCAAAGUGGUGCCCAGCCCCCGCGCCGGCGGAGGAGCUCCGGUUCCGGUGCACCGUCUGCGGGAAGGCCUUCGCCUCGUACCAGGCGCUCGGCGGCCACAAGUCCAGCCACCGGAAGCCUCCCACCGGGGACCACUAUUACGCCGCCACGGCGGCGCAGCAGGCGUCCGCGGGUGACUCGGAGGACUCCGCGUCGUCGGCUACAGGCCCGCACCGGUGCACCAUCUGCAGGAGGAGCUUCGCGACGGGGCAGGCGCUCGGCGGUCACAAGCGCUGCCACUACUGGGACGGCACGUCGGUGCCCGUCUCCGUCUCGGCGUCGGCGUCGGCGUCGGGUACCUCGUCGGCUGUCAGGAACUUUGACCUCAACCUGAUGCCGCUGCCGGAGAGCGCCGCCGGGAUGAAGCGAUGGGCGGAGGAGGAGGAGGUGCAGAGUCCGCUUCCGGUCAAGAAGCUCAGGCUGUCACACUAAUUAAUUAAUCAUACACCGUGCCCAUCUUCUGUAAAGACAAAAGAAGAUCUGCCCAUUGAUCGACUCUAUUGAACAGAGUCUGUUCUUUGA